UGACCAAAUCUCUGACACUGUGCUGCCUGCUGGCACUUGUGCUGCCCACGCUCGCCGAGGUGGGUUGGUGGCGCACGGCGCAGUUCUAUCAGAUCUAUCCGCGAUCCUUCAAGGACAGCGAUGGCGAUGGCGUUGGCGACCUUAAUGGUAUUACGCAACAGCUGGCCUAUCUGAAAGAGAUCGGUGUUACAGCCACUUGGCUGUCGCCGAUUUUCACCUCGCCCAUGGCGGACUUUGGCUAUGAUGUGGCCGACUUCUACGACAUUGACCCGCUCUUUGGCAACAUGGAGGACUUUGAAAAGUUGUUAGAGCGCGCCAAGCAACUGGACAUCAAAAUCAUUUUGGACUUUGUGCCCAACCACUCGUCCGAUGAGUGCGACUGGUUUAUACGCUCUGCAGCGGGUGAGGAGGAGUACAAGGACUUCUAUGUGUGGCAUACCGGCAAGGUGGUCAAUGGCAUCAGGCAGCCACCAACGAAUUGGAUAAGCGUAUUCCGCGGCUCUCAGUGGACUUGGCACGAGGGUCGCCAGGCGUACUAUCUGCACCAGUUCCUUGCCAAGCAGCCGGAUCUCAACUACCGCAAUCCAAAGGUUGUGGAGGCCAUGAAGGAUGUCCUUCGUUUCUGGCUGCGCAAAGGCGUCUUUGGCUUCCGCAUCGAUGCUGUACCGCAUGUCUUCGAAGUCGCGCCCGACUCCAACGGCGAUUGGCCCGAUGAACCAAGAAAUGAGUAUGUUAGCGAUCCGGAGGAUUAUUCCUAUUUGGACCACAUCUAUACCACAAACCAGCCCGAAACCAUUGAUUUGGUUUACCAAUUCCGCCAGGUCAUCGAAGAGAUUGACCAGGAGCUGGGUGGUGAUGAUCGUAUUCUCCUCACCGAGGCAUAUGCCCCCUUGGAUGUGCUGAUGCAGUACUACGGCAACAGCACCCACAAUGGCUCCCAGAUUCCGUUCAACUUUGAGCUGCUCUCAAACAUUAACUACAACUCCGAUGCAUAUCAUUAUUCGGAGCUGUUGCAUAAUUGGCUGGACAACAUGCCUGCCGAUAAGGUUGCCAAUUGGGUGCUGGGCAAUCAUGACCAGAGCCGCAUUGGCACGCGCCUGGGCGCCGAUCGCAUUGAUGCUAUCAACAUGCUGCUGCUGACGCUGCCCGGCAUCAGUGUCAAUUACCAAGGAGAAGAAUUAGGCAUGGAAGACGUCUGGAUCAGUUGGGAAGACACUGUGGAUCCGCAGGCAUGCCAGUCCAACCAACAGGAGUUCGAGCGCCUCACACGCGAUCCCGUCCGCACGCCAUUCCAGUGGAGUGAUGAGGAAUUUGCUGGUUUCACUAAUGGAUCCAGCACCUGGCUGCCUGUUUCGGACAAAUAUAAGCUGGUGAAUGUGAAGCGGGAGCGUGGCAUUGCUCUCAGUCAUCUGAACAUCUACAAGCAGCUGCGAGCUCUGCGCGAUGAACCCACCCUGAAACAGGGUGAUGUCACGGUCAAUGCCAUUGGACCCAAUGUGCUGGCCUUCAAGCGCUCUCUCGCCGGUCACAAGUCAUACAUUACUGUCAUUAACAUCAACGAUGAUGUCGAGUCGGUUAAUCUGGACUCUGUUUUUACGGAACUCAGCUCACAGCUGAGCUAUGUUGUGGUCAAUGACAAGAGUGCGCGUCGCAAGAAUGAUGUGACCUAUGCCAAUUCGGUGCUGUUGAUGCCCAAGGAAGCCAUUGUCCUUAGCACUAUUUAAUUUCCUAUUUUCCAAAACUCAUUUAGCUUAUAUUAUAUUUCGUGACAAUCUCUAAGACCAAAAGAUGUUUGAAAUACAGAUUACAA